AUGUAUUUUCAACGAUUUUCAACUUCCGACAAUCCACUUCUUUUUCCAAAUAUUCAAACAAUAUACUCUGAUAAUAUUAACAUUCAACAAACAUCUGCCAACCUUUUUCAUUCUAUAGGAGAUAUGAAGCAUGUUACGUUUAGUCCAGAAGAACAAAUAAAUCAAUCAUUAAAAACUAAUCCUCAAAACCGUAAAACAAAAAAUCCAGCGGUUUCACACUUAUUCUCUGAAACAACUUCGGAUGAAGUUUUAAAUGACAAUCGGUCUAAUAAUGGGCCUUCUUUAUCAAAUUCAACCAAACUCACACAUAACUAUAGACGAAAUAAAUUACGAAAAUCUAUUGAUUUGCUAUUUAAAGUGUUUAAAAAAUCGUCAAAGAAACAUCCUGAUUAUCGAAAAUCUAUUCAAGCAUUAAAGGAUUUAAACUAUAACGAAGCUAUCAAUUUAUUUACUCAAAUCUUAAAAGAGCAUCCUAAUAGUUACAUAGUCAGAUGUAAUCUUGCUUAUGCUGCGUAUCAAAUUGAAGAUUGGGAUAGAGCUAUCGAAGAUUUAAAUCAUGCCAUUUCUAAAAAUCCAAGAAAGGCUCGUGCUUAUGCCUUUCGUGGUGAAGUGUAUCGUUCAAGAUCUAUGUAUGAUAAAGCUUUGGCUGACCUUAAUAAAUCCGUGAAAAUACAAAAGAAUAGUUUUGCAUUAAGAUCACGUGCUGAAGUUUAUAGUUCCACUCAACAAUACGAGAAAGCUAUCCUAGAUUUAAAUUUGGCUUUAAAUAUUGAUCCAAAAAACAUUUUCAUUUUGAUUCAAAGAGCAAAGGUACGUUGUUUACUUGGACUAUAUGAUGAAGCUUUGAAAGAUUUAAAUUAUACACUUGAAUCAGAUAAGAUAGUUAAUGUUUCAAUAUUAGCAAAUCGUGGUGAAAUUUAUCGAAUUAUAGGACAUUACGAUUUAGCGCUCGCUGAUUUAGAAGCUGCGUUACGUUAUGAAGAAAAUAUUUUUGCGUUAGAACAAAGAGGUUUGGUUUAUAGAGCUAUGGGCAAUAAUGAUGAUGCUUUAUCAGAUUUUGAAAGAAUUUUACGAAAAAAUCCUUUAUAUUUCAACGCUCAUAAGAAUAUAGCGGAAAUUCUUACCAAUUUAAAAGAAUACAAAAAAGUUCUUAUACAUGCAAAUAUCAUUUUACAUAUUAAACCUUCUGACUUUCAAUUAUUAAAAAUUCGAGGAGAGGCUUAUCAUUCUCUUGGUUUUUAUGACAAUGCUAUAAAAGAUUAUACUUCUGCAUUGGAGAUUGUUCCUAAUGAUGGGGAAAUACUUCAAAAAAGGGGUGAAAUUUAUCGUUUGCUUCAAGAUUUUGAAAAAGCGUUAAAUGAUUUUUCAAAAGUUAUAAAAAUUGAUCCUAAGUGUGUGUACGCACUGGCUCGACGUGGUGAAAUCUACCGAAUGAUAAGAAAAGACAAUCAAGCAAUAAUCGAUUUAGAUGAAGCAAUUAAUCUUGAUCCUAAUAAUUUAAUGGCUCGUGAAAGCCGUGGUGCUACUAAUAGAAUGCUAAAAAGAUAUGAAGAAUCUUUAGAAGAUCUCAAUGAAGCAAUAAGUUUAAAUCCAAAAAAUGUGUUUGCUCUUACAAAUCGUGGUGCUGUUUUUCAUAAAUUGAAAAGGUAUCAUGAAGCUUUAUCGGACUUGGAUAAAGCUUUAAAACUUAAUCCAAAACACGUUUUCGCAUUGGAAACUCGUGGUGCUUUAUAUAAUAGUUUGGGUAAAUAUAAAGUUGCACUUACAGAUUUGAAUAAUGUAUUAGAAAUGAAAUCUUCUAAUAAUUGGGCAUUGGCUUAUCGAGGAGAUGCUUUAUUAUCAUUAGGGAGGUAUGAUGAAGCAUUGGAGGAUUUAAACAAGGUGUUGGAUAGUCUACCUGAUUGGGAUUAUCCAUUAUCGUUAAGAGGUGCCGUUUAUCGAGCCUUGAAGUUAAAUACAAAGGCGUUAUUAGAUUUAAAUCGCGCUGUCUAUAAUGCAUUAGGAAAGUAUAAUGAAGCAUUUGCCGAUUUGAAUAGGGUUUUAAUUAGAGAUCCGAAAAAUGUAGUCGCGAUAAGUGAACUAAUUGCUGCUUAUGAUGCUAUGGGAAAAAAAGAAAGUGCAUUGGUUGAUUUGGAAAAUGUUUUGGCAACAGAUCCUAAAAAUGUAUUCGCAUUACGUAAAUAUGAGAUUUUGAGAAAAGAAACUGACAUAGCUGAAAACAGCACAACUUUAAAAAAAAUACAUCGUACUACUGACAGUGAUGAUAUUCAGUUUUCUGUGCUCACACCUGUCAUUAGAGGUAGUAAUAAGUCAAAUUCUUGGAGGGAUUCUAAUUUUGUAGAAAUUUCAAAAUUUGGUUCAGUUUAUCAAAAUAUUCCUUCCGGAACACCUACUACCGCACACAAUAAAAUCGAACGACUAUUUUUAUUGCUUGAAAAACAGAAAGAUGCAAUUUAUCAUAUAUUGGACACCCAAAAAGUAUACGUGUACGCAGUAGAACUUGGUUUACAGCAAGAUUAUCUCAUGCCGUGCAUCACUUGUUGGGUUGAUGAAUAUCUCGAUAAGUCCGUAAUAGAACAGAUUUCAGCUUUAUUCAAUAAUGAGUACAAAAUCAUGGACAAGGUUGUGGGUCCAGUAGAAACAGACUUGAAUGCUCAACAUGAAUCAGAAAAAGAUGAAAUUCGUGAAAACAAUGACGGAGAUGAUGAUAAAGUAAACAGCUGCGAUGAUAAUAAAGGCAGUGAUAGGACUGAUGGUAAAGGAAAAUAG